AUGUCUUUUUCUUAUGCAAGGACGCUAGUGUCUGGAUCUGUUAUUGCCAAUUUAGAGGGUGAUAAGCUUAUCCUUCCACCUUUCGUACUCGAGGAGCUUUUACGUACAGCCAGUCAAUCCGUAGCUAGUGAUUUCUCGGACGCACAACUUCCUUAUCCUAUAACUUUUCAGAUUACUAAUCCAAAAACACGCUUAAUAACUUAUGGUGGUGUUCUUGAAUUUAACUCAAAAGACGAGAAAGCUUACUUACCACAAUGGAUGCAUGAUUCAUUAUCGCUUACAAAUGGUUCUGAAGUUACGAUCCGGUUGAAGGAAUUGCCUAAAGGUACCUGGGCGCGAUUUCGUCCAAUGAACGCAAAUUACAAAGAAAUACCAGAUUAUAAAGCCGCGUUUGAAGGAUAUUUAAGAUCUCAUUAUACGACUUUGACAGCAGGUGAAAUUCUAACAAUAAAGCAAGCUGACUCAUCAUAUCAAUUUUUGGUGGAAUCUCUUAAACCUUCCAAUGCUGUUCAGAUCGUAGACACAGAUUUAGAAUUAGAAAUAGAACCACUCGAUGCAGGUCACAAUGCCUUCAAAACUUUCAAAGGAGAUACUGAAAAUGAUAUACAAGUAGGACAAAUUGUAAAUGGAAAAGUUAGCAAAAAUGCUUAUGGCUAUUGGAAUGUAUUAGGAGUUGACAAGCAUCAUGGAUUAAAUAUCGAGCUGCGUAUUCAUACUGGUGACGCAGGUAUGUUUAUUAUGAUAUUGGCUUAUCGUCCAUUAAAUCAAAUGACUUCAGAUCUUAUCAUAUCCACUGUUCGCAAUCCUACACUUGACGCACACCUUUGGUCAAAUUUUGAAACUGCAUCAACGAAGAAUAUAUUCAUUCCACAUUCAAAUUCAGAAUAUGCUACCAACGAACUUGUUGUCGGUGUUCACGGAUUUAGUGAUGAACCAGCUUCAUACGAAUUGGAGAUCACAUCUUCUGACCAACCAUCAAAAUCCCAUGAUUCAGAAAGUACAAUAACUAGUGAUGCAAAUGAAAAUUCACCUGGGAAUAACAUUAAAUGUAAACUAUGUGGGAAAGUAAUGUUAAAAGGUGAAGAACAAAAGCACUGGCACUGCGAAUAUUGUAAUAAGUCAGGUGAUUAUAUAGAAAAAGAAAAACACAUUUUUAUAUUUCAUACAAGCCGUCAAUGUUCCUGCGGAUUUGAUACCGAAUCGCUCCCAGAGUUAGCUCAACACAAGCGGACGGAAUGUCCUGAAAAACUAAUCACAUGUAGGUUCUGUCUUAACCUUGUUAAACAAGGUAACCCAUCGACCAAUCAACAUGAUUUGCUUGAAGGAUUAACUGCACAUGAAUCUUAUUGUGGUGGUCGUACUACUACUUGCGCAAAAUGUCAUCUACCGGUUAUCCUAAAAAAUAUUGCUACUCAUAAUAUGAUGCACGAGAUUGAAAGACAAAAUAGAAAAUUACCACCACUUUGUAGGAAUAAAAAUUGUGUGAGGACCGCAGCUGAUAAUGUACUUAAAUUAUGUACAAUAUGUUUCGGACCAUUCUGGUCACCAACGGCGGAUCCAGAAAAGAAAAUGUUGUAUACAAGAGUUGCUAGAAAAUAUCAUUCACAGCUGACAACCGGAUGCGGACAACAUUGGUGCAAAAAUAUGUAUUGUGCUACAGGAAAUUCAUCACCACAAGAUCCUACUACUGCAGCUUUAUCUCUGACUCCUCUUUUAAAACAGCUUCAAUCGUCUACUACUGCUUUUAUGUAUCUUUGUGUAGACGAAUCAACAACAAAAAAACGCACACUUGCAAAUAUAUUAUAUAAAGGUGAAGAUGGUGAAGGUUCCGAAGGAGAGUAUGCGGACGAAUUUUGUGUUUAUGCAUUGGAGGUCGAAAAUGGUGAUCUUUCUGCGGCACGAAAGUGGUUAAUAGAUAACGCACCAAAGUCGUAUGCUGGAAAUAGCAAAAAACGGCAACAGCCUGAAAAUACACAUUAUGAAUCCAAACAAAAGAGAAUUGCUAAUAAUGAUACUGGUGAUAAAUCAGAGACAGAUCCAAAUGAUGAGGUAUUCCGGGAUUAUGAAGAGUACUGCGAAGAAGAAAUCUCAAUAGAAAAGACAUUAACUGAUCCAAUUACAAGUCGAAUUUUGUUGAGUGGAAGAGAUUUAGUGUAA